CGAUAAUCGGGUUGUGAGGAUUUAGUUCUUCAUCCUCCUCGAUCCGGUGACACGGAUCCAGAACAUGAAACCUGUAGAAACACCUUCCCGGUUUCCGUUGACGCCAACGUUCCUCCUUCCCUGUCUUUCAAUUUUUUCCCUCCUUUCUUCCUCGAUCAUCCGGAAACCCCAACCUUGUUGCUCUUAGUUCUUCUUAUCUGGAGAAAAUGGGAAUUUCUUUUCGGACGUAAUUUUCCUUUGUUGGCUUUUGAAAGAGGGGGGUGUCCGUUGGUUUUCUCCGUUGGUUUAGGGUUUCCAGAUCACCACCUCCGGUUUUUUAAUUCUCCGCGCCGAUGGAUUUUUGUGGAUCGAUUGGGGGUUGAUAUCAUGAAAUCGUCGAGGGAGAGGGAGGGUGACACAGGAAGGGAAGGAGAUGGAGCUCAAGGGGAACUUUGUUCAUCAACUGCAAAUUUUGCCGCGCUCAUUUCGUGUUCCGAAAAUGUUUCCCGGCCGGACCCGCGUGUUCUGCACUAUAAGAGUCUCGCCUUUUAGGGAUGUGCUUACUGUCUCCUCUAGCAGAUGGAAAAGGGUUGAAGCACUGAAUAAUGAUGGCUUUCAAAGUCUUCAGCAAUCUUCAAUCGGUUCAGGCGACAUCUCAAAGUUGCCUGACCUUUCGUUUGAUAGACUGCAAAUCAGCGAUCAAGAGUGCCACAAAGGACCUAAAAGGGUUUUUGGUAGAUACGUCGCCCGUGGUGCUGUAUUAGAUGAAGAAUAUUGGACGGCAGCAUGGUUACGGGCUGAGAGUCAUUUGGAACAUGUAGCAUAUACACGAUAUGCUGAUGUUUACAAAAGGAACUUUGCUGAGCAGGAGUUCAAUUCUUUGAAAGAACGAUGUGCUGAACGGCCAGGGAACACAUUCAAGUGCUAUUGCAUUGUUGCAGCCAAGAAGGAGGAAAAAAAUGUUAGACGAACUUUGUUGAAUAGCAUUGUUGGGACACUUGAUGUAUGCAUUCGAUCAUUUUCUCAUGGGGAGAGCUUCCCAGGGGAUUUAAGAAGAGCUGCAACAUUUACUGCUGUUGGUGCUAGUUGCAUGAGAAGGUAUGCUUAUGUUGCAAAUCUCUGUGUGGCAAAAUAUGCUCGACGACAAGGUAUUGGAAAAAAUAUGAUGUAUCUGGCUAUUGAUUUUGCAAUGUUGGCAGGUAUCAAGAAGAUAUUUAUCCAUGUGAAUGGGACUAACAAGCCUGCUCAAGAACUUUAUCAGAAGAUUGGUUUUGAGAUGGUGGAAGAAGCUUCAUCUCCUAUGGCAAUGGAUGAGAGGUUGCUUAUGUGUUUGAAUCUCUAGAGUCUAGAUUGUAAGAUCCAGACUUUCACUUAGCUGUAUACCCUGUACAAGGUUUUCCACCAGACUCGUUUUAGUAAAUCUGGUGGCCGUCCUAUAAGGCAAUAUAUCUUUUCCUUGCCUGCGGACGUUUCUCUCUCUAUCAUGUACAGCAACUAAUCCUUGUAUGUCUGUUUGAUGCUUGCCUUCACAAAAUGGAAUGAAUUGCUAAAGUUUGACCA